GCGCAAAGGAAGUGAACGCAAUGCGCAUGGAACAUGGAAGGAAGUUGUACUUUAUGGUGUUAUCAACGUUCAGGCGCCGUCCUUAAUCGAUAAACACUCUAGCAGCGGUUUCUACGGGACCUUUAAACCCAAGGAAUUCUAGGCCUGGCAACGCUGCCUGUCAAAAAUCAACGAUGCCGGGAAAUUUCCGAACAAGUUUAGCUCCCUAUCAAAAUGAUAUUCCUGAUGUUUGUUUUUCACAAGUUACAGCCGCUUUGAAAGCAAGACUUCAGUUAGAUGGAAGUUCAGCCUUGGUUUGUAUGGUAGCUACGGCUACGUCACUAGGAAAUCUCUUGAUCUUUCACCAACGAAAGCUAUUGAAAAGCUGCCAGCUUCCCUUUAGAGACUGCAAUGAAAUUCUUCUUUAUCACAGUUUUCUACCGGGAGUUACUAAGGAGUUUCUUGUUGCUGUUUCUUUCACUAGAGGUGGUGUUGUUAUUGACCUCCAGCAAUCAUCUGUUGUUAAGUCAUGGCCUGAUGCUAAAAAAAUUGAAGUUAAAGAUGAGUACUUGCAGGGGUAUCCUCAAUUGGUGGUCCACUUCAAUGAAGAUCUUUGCCAAGAUAAAAUUGUUGUUACCCAUGAAUGUGAUUGGGAAGUGAUGCCCAUAGAUGCCCCGUCUUCAUCCAAAAGUGAAUCAGCUUUGAACAGUGUGGUCCAAGCAUUAGAAAAUCAACUGAAGAAUGUUCAUGGAAAACUCCACCUUCUGGAAAAGCAAAUAUCACUGAGGCAGUCAAUAGUCAACCGCUCAAUGACAGCUCUUAAUGACACAGUUAUGUGGAAAUCUUCCAGAAUACAAGCUCCGUCGUACACCGCAAAGAUGGAAAAAGGAGAUACCACAACGUCUGAGGCUGGAUUGAUCGACGAAAAAGAUUUACUCAACCAGCACGUAGAAACCUGUGGAGUGUGGCAGUUUCUAGAUUAUGUUUCGGAUUCCUGGGUAAUCGGGGCCGCCUUCGUAAAUAUAAGUGAAAGGACACUUUGUGAUAUCCAGUGCUUUUUCACUUCCAAAAACGAGAACGCGAACUAUCGCAUUAAUUAUUACCACACCGAUUCCAAAGUUGCAACUAAACUUCUAACUCCGUCCGUUGGUUUUUCUGUUCAAGACCUUCUCGAAACGUCUAAUUCAUUCAGUGGAAAGUUGGAACACAAAAGUAGCCUCGUCGUUAUAGUCGUUACGCCGAUUCCAAGGUUUCUCAAUACAGAAGAAGAAAUGGGCAGUGUUUUGCUGACGUGUAAAUCCUAUAGUAACCAGAAAAUUUUCCAGACAAGUUUGGGAUCAGUUCGUUUAAAUUUCAGUGACGUGAGCAGCCAGAACAUGAAUUUCAAUUCCUCAGUUGUUGACCUGACAUCAAUUCGGAGGAAUGUUCUCGGUCUGAUAUCACUGUUGACGACAGAAAAAGACGCAGUUGUGUCAACAAUCUUCUCCUCUGCGACCCGUAGUUUCAACAAGGCUGCUCAGCAGUUGAACAUGCAAUAUGUGACACCCAUGCAAUGUUUCUACAGUCACGGAGUGUACGGGCCUGUCUGUAUCCUGAUGUUAGAUAAUGUUUGUCCUAAUCGGGUAAACAUGAAAAUCCGUGCCCUGUCGGAAACGAAAGUGAAUUGGUUCAUUCGCCACUUAAAGUCUGCGCUCUCAGAUGACUGCGUGUUUACACUGACAACUGCCAGUGCCAUAGUCACCGAAAGGAAUUUUCUAGGAAUGAGUCACUUGAACUCUGCCCUCGCCUUGCUAUCAAACGCGGAAGUCGCCAAUGAAGAUGAAUUAAUGGUGAUAGAAGAAGAAAAAGCUGGACCAGUCGACUCGCCCAUAGAUAAAAUUCGUAGAGAGUUUUUGAAGAAGCAAAGCAAAUUUCUCGGAAUCAGCAAAGAGCGCCAUGGCAGUAUUAAAAUCGCAAUCGAACAUUAUCGACAAUUUCAACAUAGUUGGUUUGUCUGAGUUUGUAUUCAAAAUGUAUUAAUUUUGCCCAAGAUAAUGCUGGAAUGUAACGUAUUGAAAAAAGAUUAUUGCAGAAUAAUAAUGGCGAUAACAU